GCGGUGUGACAGCCAGCAAUGCUCGCUCGACGGGCGCGGCUUUGGGCAGGAGCUGGGCUCGUGGAGGCUUCAACCCGUUCACUGUGUAGGCUUUGAAAGCAUUUUGGAAAGGCUCUUUGGGCCUGGACUCCUGAAAGAUAUCACGCAGUUUGAAGGAACACUUGGCCCUUCUUGAUCAACCCAAACCCAAAGGUGGUGAACUGCCAUUGUCGCAGCAGCAACGGGCCAAAAUUAGCCAUCUAGAAAAGCAGGCCAAAGUGUGGCUCAAUGCUGUCUUUCAGAGGAAAGACAGCCCUCGGGUUGCGGACUGCAGUAUCCCUUUAGUGGCCUGUAAGAUUAUGCACCAAAUGAUCAGGCAGUUUGUUGCUGAAUAUACCUCAAAGACUAGCACUUCUCAGGACCCCAUUGUUCUCACCAGCCCAAAGGACCAAAGUGCUGCUAAAGCUCCUGUGCUCGGUGCCAGUGCCCAAAACCCUGUGUUAAGCAAGCUUCUGAUGGCAGACCAGGACAGCCCUCUGGACCUCACUGUCAAAAAGUCUAACUCCGAAUUAGACAAUCAAGAUGGAGUACUUGAUCUGUCGACAAGGAAGAGCCCGUGUGCUGCGAGUAUGGGUACAAGCGAGGCCCCAGACACCUCCUCUUCCGCUCCUACAGGCAAAGGGCGUCCUGGGAGAAGUGGCCAACCGCCCACGGACUGUGUGUGGCACAUCACAGAAGGUUCACGUCCAAAGCCAUUGAGAAGCUGUCAGACUGACGGCUUUGGGAACGCCGUCGUCCUCCGGAUCCCGGUCACACGCUCGAUACAGAAAAACGAGGAGCCAGAGAGCAGGAGCGAGACCUCAGCAACGCCUUCGAACUUGGGCCCCACAGCUCAGCCCCGAGGUCAGCACUUAGUGUUAGCCCGAGAGGCCCCCUGGGCCAAACCACACUACGAGUUCAAUCUGGGACACGUCAAAUUCAGGGGAAACGACACGUGUAUAGACGGCAAGGAACUUCCUUUCCAUCAGGUGGCCUUCCAACGGGGAUCGGCACCAGCAAAACAAGAUGGCAAGAGGGACCAAGGCCAUCUGACCUCAGUGGAUUUGAAGAUCCCGCAAGUCCGUGGCUUGGACCUCUCAUGUGAAACGAACGCCACAAACCAUUACACCUACAGCCCAUUGCUGGUGAACUCACAGCUGGAAAAUGCACUUCACAGAAAACUCCGAGUGAUCCUCCCCAAGCAGAACGUGUGGCAUAGGAGAGGGAUUGGGAGCUUGGCUGAUGGGGGUCAUGGCUCCUGGGGCUGUGAGACCGAGCGGCCGGCCUCCAGCAGUAAGCCACAGCAGCAGCAACAAGCCAGCUCCGACCAGGACAGCGACUCCAAACAGCCCAGGAAGAAGCGAGGCCGCUACCGCCAGUACAACAACCAGAUCCUUGAGGAGGCCAUCGCCGUGGUGAUGGGUGGGCAGAUGAGUGUCUCCAAAGCGCAGAGCACCUACGGGAUUCCACACAGCACCUUGGAGUACAAAGUGAAGGAGCGCUUGGGCACUCUAAAAAAUCCGCCAAAGAGAAAGCUCAAGCCCCCCCAGCCCGAAACCCCCCAGCUGGGGGACGAGGCAGAGCAGAGGGCCAGCCCACCGAAGGAUGAAGAGUGUUAGACAUCAAAGGGAAACUCUUGACACUUGGGCCAGCACCAGCACAGCAACCAGCCUGGGAGGGAGAGAUGGGAGGUGGGGGAGGGGGUGUGGUGGGAUGCGAAGGGGUUAGGAGAAUUCCCUUCCCCUCUGAGGACAAUACCGUCAGUGCUUAAUACUAACCCUGACUGCAGACUGAUCCCUGAUUCCCCCUCUUCCACCCCACCCCAAGCCCCGAGUGUGUGAGUGCAGUCUUUUUCUAAAUGCUGUCUGUCCGUGCACUAGUGAGUGAGUGAACUUAGCCGUGAGCCAGAGACAUUGUAAACGGGAGGCCGAGGGCACUGCCACUUUCAAACCGCGAGCUAAACCAGAGGAAGGUGGUAGGUUGGGGUUUAGUCAUGUACGCACAGCUGUGUGCGUUAGGGCUUCCUAUCAAAGGCACGUUUCCACUGCAUGGUUGUGAGCCAGGCUGCUGCCAGCCAUGCAGGGUGAACGGGUGGGACAGGGCUCGCGUGAAUGGAGGUAGGCACAGCAGGGGGGACCAUGUACACCGCAUUGGGAGGCAUUGAGAGACAAACAAACCUGAUGUCAGUGUCU